AUCGAUCCACUCGCUUUCUCCCCCGUCAUGUCAUCAUCCUCUCUCCGCUGGUGACCACCACCAAGAGGCGACCCCGGCAGCGAUCAACGACGGCGGCACUUCCUCCACGCUUCCGCACGUCUCAAGACUCUCAACUGACAACUCUCAACUUCCAACAGACUGAGGGGAAUUCCGUGAUCUCCUUCCUAUCUUCCACCAACGACCAUGCCGCCGCCUACGACUCCGGCGACGAGGCCAGCACCUACGCUGCCGGACGAGCUCAUCGAGGAGGUCUUACUCCGUCUCCCACCGGACGAGCCCUCGAGCCUCGUGCGUGCCUCCCUCGCCAGCAAUUUCUGGCUCGGCGUCCUCACCGGCCCUACCUUCUCCGGUCGCUACCGUGAGCGCCAUGGCGCUCCCCCCAUGCUGGGCUUCUUUUAUUCCUGGCCCCACGAGGACCGCCACGAAGAAGGAGACGAAGAACCCGUCCAACGCUUUGUCUUCACCACCAAAUUCGGCGCGCGCAUUCCCGAAGUCGAGGAAUGGCAGGACUAUGAAGCGUUGGACUGCCGCCAUGGCCGCGUUCUCUUCGGAAACCCCUUCGGGUGUCCCGCCCCGCUCUUCGUCUGGGACCCCAUGACGGGCUGCCCGAGGUACCUGGAGGAGCCCGAUGGAUGCAGCAACGAAGGGGCCACGGUGCUCUGUGCUGUGAGCGGCUGUGACCACCGCGCGUGUCACGGCGGCCCCGUCCGUGUGGUCUUUUUCACGCUGGGUGAGGGUGAUGGUUGUGUUGCGCACGCGUCCGUCGCCUUGCUGGAGAUGGAUGACGAGUGCAGCCAGAGCUCUUGUCUUGAUCUUCAGCUUGAGUGGACAGUCAGCUCUGGUCUUCAACUUGAAGCUAAGCAUGCAUUCAUCCCGCCAACAAUGGCCCCUGUCCUCAUCAAAGACGCACUCUACUUCAUGCUUUCCCUUGUUGAUGGUGUUCGUGACAUGGCUAUUCUCAAGUUCGACAUGGGCUCUGAUGCCUUGUCGUUGAUUGAUCUGCCGGACGUGCGCUCUAAUGGCUUACCACUCAUAGAGCAUUCCUUUAUCCCCUUGGCCAUGGGGGAUGAUGAUUUGGGGUUUGCGCAAGUUGACGGGUUAACCCUCAACCUAUGGUCAAGCUCAACCCAGACGGGUGCCGACGGACUUGGGUCAUGGACUCAGCAUAGAGUUGUUGAUCUCAACAACCUUCUCCCUAUUCAGAAUCCCAAGGAAAGUCUUAGACUGAUUGGAUCCGUGGAAGGCAAUGAUAUCAUUUUCGUGACUACGGACCUUGGCAUCUACCAGAUUAGUCUCAAGUCUCUAAGGUGGAAGAAGCUAUGGAAGAGCGAGAAGUUUGGUGCUUUGAUUCCGUACAUGAGUUUCUACAAUCCACAAGAGAGGAUCAACCCCUAUGAUGCAGCUCAUUGAUGGCCUAUUGUUGAAUAUUCCUAAGAGCAGGAGGUCACUAUCAUCAAUUGGAAAAAUGACCACAUGAAGGAGCAAACGUGGUCUUUUGAUGAACUAUGCACUAUUUAAUAGCUGGUUUCGUGCAAUGGUGUUUGUUUUGUUAUUUCGUUCGUAACUUUGUCGCCAAGCUUAGUAAUUGCCCGUCUUAAGUGGCACGUGUAAGUGGGUGAAGGGAGUAUCUCUGUGAUGAACCUACUUUAAUUGUUUUCCUGAGAAAUGAAAUGUCAUAUCUUCUAGAAGAGGAACUACAUUAAUUGA